AUUGCUCUUUUGAUGCCUGGAAAAACCGUUAACGCUGAAGCGCCUCACCCCGACGUGGGGGGGGGGGCCGAGCCCUGCAUGUUCAUUAAGAAACCGUAUGAAACCGUAACGAUACGUUUGCUCCUUUAUGUGCUCGACCCGUUUAAUUAUUCAUCUGCACACUUUCUCUGCCACGAGCGUGUUUGCGUGUGUUUACGCACGCGGCGAGCGCACUUUAAGAUGAUUGACGCGCUCUGGCGCCUUUGAUCUACCAAAAGACUACAAUGUACAGUGUGUGUGUUUGUGUGUGUGUGAGACGGUCUAAUGCUGUUAAUCUCAGUGUGCACUUUGUGUGUCCACGUGGAUUAAAAACACUUCUAGACUGAUGUCAAAGUACCGAGUUCUGCGAAUGAAAGCGUUUGAUAUUCAGGCCUCACUGUGCCUCUCGAUCUCCCCCCUGCAGAGUGUUGUCAGUAAACACACGGAGGCCCACAGUAGGUUGAAACUGUCCAACGUGACAGAGAGAAACGCCGGGAAGUACUGGUGUCGCGCCUCCAACUUUGUAGGCAGGUCGCAGAACGCUUUCUGGCUCGAGAUACAGAAACCAGCAGUGAGCCCGGAGAAGGAGGACUACUACGCCGACAUCCUCAUCUACGUGACGGGCUGCGUGCUCUUCAUCCUCGCCGUGGUCAUCGUCAUGCUUUGCCGCAUGAGGAUGACGACGCAGAAGACGCUGCCCACGCCGCCCGUGCAGAAGCUGUCAAAGUUCCCCCUCAAGAGACAGGUGUCCUUGGAUUCCAACUCCUCCAUGAACUCCAACACGCCGCUGGUCCGGAUCGCCCGCCUGUCCUCCAGCGACGGGCCGAUGCUGGCCAACGUCUCCGAGCUGGAGCUGCCCUCCGACCCCAAGUGGGAGUUUCCCCGGACACGGCUGACUCUGGGUAAGCCUCUGGGCGAGGGCUGCUUCGGCCAGGUGGUGAUGGCCGAGGCCAUCGGCAUCGACAAGGAGAAGCCCAACAAGCCUCUCGACGUGGCCGCGAAAAUGCUCAAAGAUGACGCCACGGACAAAGACUUGUCGGACUUGGUGUCGGAGAUGGAGAUGAUGAAGAUGAUCGGGAAACACAAGAACAUCAUCAACCUGCUGGGGGCGUGCACGCAGGACGGUCCCCUGUACGUGCUGGUGGAGUACGCCUCCAAAGGCAACCUGAGGGAGUACCUGCGGGCGCGGCGCCCACCGGGCAUGGACUACUCCUUCGACACCUGUAAGAUCCCCGACGAGCAGCUCACCUUCAAAGACCUGGUGUCCUGCGCCUACCAGGUGGCCCGAGGCAUGGAGUACCUCGCCUCGCAGAAGUGUAUCCACAGAGACCUGGCGGCCAGAAACGUCCUCGUGACGGAGGACAACAUCAUGAAGAUCGCCGACUUCGGUCUCGCCAGAGAUGUGCACAAUAUAGACUACUACAAAAAGACCACCAACGGUCGCCUGCCCGUGAAGUGGAUGGCUCCGGAGGCUCUGUUCGACCGGGUCUACACACACCAGAGCGACGUGUGGUCCUACGGGGUGCUGCUGUGGGAGAUCUUCACCCUGGGGGGCUCGCCGUACCCUGGGAUCCCCGUAGAGGAACUCUUCAAGCUGCUGAAGGAGGGACAUCGGAUGGACAAACCUGCCAACUGCACCCAUGAACUGUACAUGAUCAUGAGGGAGUGCUGGCACGCCGUGCCGUCCCAGAGGCCGACCUUCAGGCAGCUGGUGGAAGAUCACGACCGGGUCUUAUCCAUGACCUCCACCGACGAGUACCUGGACCUGGCGGUGCCCUUCGAGCAGUACUCGCCCACCUGCCAGGACUCCAACAGCACCUGCUCCUCGGGGGACGACUCUGUGUUCGCCCACGACCCGCUGCCCGAGGAGCCCUGCCUCCCCAAGCCGGCCCCCAGCAACGGGGUGAUCAGGACGAACUGAAGCUCGCCAUGCGAUGCUCCCACAGCGCUUCAGCUCCUCUGCUGAGAUCCUCCUCCUCCUCCACCUCCUCCUCCCCAAGAAACUCUUGAAACAUUGAAGGAUUUUUUUUUGGUUGUUUUUGCCGUUGAACCAUGUUCGCGUUCCUCUUUUCAAAAAUGAAAUUCUAUUUUUGUACUCGGGCCAGUUUCCCUCUUUUUUUGUUUUGUUACGGACAAUCUGUGUGGGUGAAACCAUCCCGUGCCUCCGGGGACGAACGGAGGAGACGAGAGGCGCGGAUGGGGGGGGGCGUCGGUCAGAGAUGGAGUGGGCGGGGCCUCCGGCGAUGAUGAGGCACCGCGAUGGACCCCCCCCCCCGCGGGGAGGAGAACGCCAUCGGCACGUUUUAGCAUCCCGGGAAACAAAACCCUUUUUGAUAAUCAUGGAACAAAUGGCGGAGUUUCAGGGCCGUAAUUAGUACAGUGUUUUUUAUCUAUCCAGAAAAGAUUUAUUGUAAAUAUAUAAAUGCAAAUAUGUAUCAUAUUGCUGUUUACAGCCAUGUACUUAAAAGACAAAAAAUGACAUUUUCUAAGAUAUUGUUUUAGGACGGAAGCAUCGCAGUCUAGAAGACACUGUCAUGAAAGUGUAAAACAUUUAAUCAGAUUUAUUUGAAUUAUUAACAUGUAUAUUUGUAAAGAUAUUUAUAGACUUAACACGUUGUUCUUAGUUCCAAAGCUCUAGUUUAGGAUUCUUGUACUGUACGCAAAGACUUUUAUUUUCAGUUGUUUUUUUUGUAACUUAUUUUACAGCAGAACUGCCACGUUACUUUUCACGGACUCCUCUGGUUUUCGAUCCACCCGUUUUGUUUGUUUUUACAAGUUUGAGAAAAAAGAAGUAGAAUGUACGGCGGAGACGUUCGGGGCCUCUGAAGACGACCCGUCGAAGGGAAGCCCGGCGCUUUCCGCCGAGGUCGAAUCCUGUUUUUUGGAAAAGUUGACGUUUGCAAUAAAAAAAAAAAAAGCAACGACUGACUCUUG